GGGAUUGCGAAAUUGUACUCAGAGCUUAUAUAAGCUCAGUCUGUAACAGUGUUGCACUGAUACCUUGCCACUGCGUCUCAUAAGGUCCUACAGACAGCAACAUGCUGAGGCUCACUUUUGCUCUUUGUGUCCUGGCCAUAGGCUGGGCACAGGACUGUCAAGUUAGCGACAUCCCAGUAAAAAAGGACUUUGACAAGUACAAGUUCCAAGGAACAUGGUACGCUGUAGCCAAAAAAGACCCGUCAGGACUUUUCCUUCUGGAUAACGUUGUUGCCAAUUAUGCUGUGGAGGAAGAUGGCAGAAUGACAGCCACUGCUUACGGCAGAGUCGUCAUUCUGAACAACUGGGAGACAUGUGCCAACAUGUUUGCCUCUUUUGAUGAAUCCCCAGACCCUGCAAAGUUCAAGCUAAAAUACUGGGGUGCUGCUUCAUAUCUCCAGAGUGGAUAUGACGACCACUGGGUCGUUGAUACCGAUUAUGACAACUACGCUGUGCAUUAUGCGUGCAGAGUGGUGGACACAGAUGGCACCUGCUUGGAUGGCUACUCCUUCAUCUUCUCCCGCCAUCCGACCGGUUUGAGACCUGAGGACCAAGUGAUUGUGACGCAGAAGAAGAAAGAGCUCUGUCUUCUAGGCAAAUACAGACGUGUUCCUCACACUGGUUUCUGUAGUGUCUGAUUGCAUCCUGCUCAAGGAUUACUAAUAGCCUUUACCUUUUCUCCAUGUGUAAAUAAAAAUCUAUAUUAACCUGAAUAUAAUUCAUUAUCCACAAUAGAAGCAUAAUCAUUGAGAUUAUUGUAUGACUCUUCUACUAUUGUUGUUUUAUUAUGUAACUGGAACUUUAUAAAAUAAAAUGUUCAUACUGGA